AUGGCCGACGUCGACUCCAUCGUCAAAGGCGCCCCGCCUCCGGGCAAAGAAUCCAAGUCUCCCGUCGGCACCACCGGCGUACAACCAGACUCUGGCAAGCCGACCGACCCGCUGAGCCAUACCCCGAGCUCCCCGUCCAUGGUCUACCUGAACCUCCUCAUCCUCGAAGCCUCCCUUCGCGCGCAAUAUCUCGAGCUGCGCGCCCGCCGCCGUCAUCACACAUUCUUCUUCACCCUGCUCACCGCCUGGAUAUGCGGCUUCGGCUACGCCCUCUUUUUUGCCCCGCGCGAGGACGGCCGCGGCGUUGGCGGCUCCGUUUACUGGGGCGUCGAGACUUUUGAAAAGAUCUGCUUCAUGGGAGGCGUAAUGACCGCCAUCCUCGUCUGGGCUACCGGCAUAUGGGAGCGCGGCAUCCGCUGGCCGCGACGCUGGUUCCCCAUCUCAAACCGCGGCCUGCGCGGCUUCAACUGCAAGCUCGUCAUCAUUCGCAGACCGUGGUGGGCCGAGAUGGGCUCGACCAUUGGCUUCUUCCUAACCUACGGUCUCUUCUCCCACACCGCGAGCUCAUCCUACCGCUAUGUCGAACCGUCCAUCCUGCGCGAAGUCGAGAAGGAGCUCAGCCUCAACCCCGAUAACCACCCCACGCUACCCAUCCUGGUCGAGGACGAAGAGAAGGGCGGCCACGAAGAGGAUCUCGCCCCGGGCGGCGACUACGUGAAGCUUCUCAUGCUUGCGAAGCCAUUUACGCCGACAUUUAGAGAAAACUGGGAAAUCUACCGCACAGAGUACUGGGAGAAGGAAAACGAGCGCCGCGCCCUCAUCCAGAAGAAGCUCGCCGCACGCGAUCGCCAGGUAGCCAAGCAGCGCUGGGGCAUCUUCUGGUGGCUCCCCUGGCACCGUGUCGACCGCGCAAACACCCUCCGCCCCGGCUCCCCGUCCCGCCAUGGCAGCGAAAAGACGACGAUCCACCCCCGCGCCGCAGCUAUCGAGCGCGAGCACCGACGCCGGAGUAGCACCACCAGCGCGCACCGCCGCAGCUCGACGAGCUCUUCGCGCAGCCUCACGCCCUCCGUUGCGACGAUGCCCGGCGACGACGGAGACGGCACCGUCAGCAGGAAAGCCAGCACGGGUUCCAACGCGUCCGACAAGAGGCGGAAGAAGCUCGGGUCCAUGUCCAAGGCGAAGCGCCCCAACAUUGAGUCGAGAUCAGUCACACCCGACAUACCGUCGCCGCUGGCCAGGGAGAGCAGCGUCACGCGGACGGAUAGCGGGUCCGGAGCCGAGAGCGUGGCGGAGAGGUCGCUGCGGCAUUCAUCGUCCAAGGCUAGCAUCAGCUCUUCCGCGAACUCUGUGCGGGAGAAGCACCGAAAAGCGAGCGAGGCGUGA